UGUGAUCCCAGAGAUAGGCUUUAGAUCCUUCCUGUUGGAGGGAAUGCCGGCAGAGUGCCCAUACCCCAACUGGUUUAUUAACACAUGUAGAGCGCUCUCUAGGGAAUAUAUCCACACUAUGUCUGGCAUGCAGACCCUAGCCUUACAAAUAGCAGCUUUGCACAUGGAGGAGAAAAUUAAGGCCUACAAACAAGUGCUAGUGAGGGAACUGGGAGAGGAAAGAGCAAAGGACAUUGCAAGCUUCGCAGGAGCUCAGAGUACUAAAUCUAGACGGGUUCCGAAGCCAGGCCUCGAACCCCUGUUGACACCUUGUGACGCCAACCCAAUAGCAGUGCCAUGCACCAUGAGCCAUCUAGAGGAAGAGUGGAGUUUCCUGAAACAACCUGCAAGUAGUAUCUGCACCCGACCCAAUACCCCAUCCUCUCCUUUUUCUCCCCCCAACCACCCUCUUCCCUUCUCUUCUUUUUUCGCUGGAAGACAACAACAGCCCAUGGACGUUGCCAACCGAGGGAGACCCCGAGACAGAGGGACCACCGAGGGAGUCCACGAGAGUGAGCAGCUUUUACGAAGCCGUAGGUCUUCCCCAACCAACAGACGAGGAGCUGGAAAUGAGGGCAGAGCAGCAGGGACGAGAGAGGCCAGCCAAGGAAGAGAGGAAUGUCGCCCGCCCCUCUCCAGCAACAGCAACAGAGAAGACACCCCAAGCACCCAGAAAACAACGCCAGCAGCAGCCGGAACAACAGGGACAGCCGACGGCAAGCGACAACAGGGCAAGUAGACACAGCCCAGCGGAGAGCAGCAGCCCCGAAACAGACGGAGAUUCAACACUUGGUCCAAGGGGUCCGGGAGCUAGUACAAGUCCUAACAGAGAAGCUACCCGCAACCGCGGGACCAGGAGCUAGAGCUCCCGCCGCAGCCUCGAACCCUGUCCAGCCUUUUUUUCAGAUUUCCAGACGACCCCGAGAACGAGGCCCGCGAGACAGGGACCAGGGACAGCUGGAAUGACCCCUAGGAGCCCGGGCCCCCAGCCCCUACCAGCAGCGAGAGAGGGGCAGGGACUACCAGCAACAGAGGAACCAGAGGAACAACUACAGAAGGAGGAGCCGAGAGUGGAGGGACGACGGGGCCAGGGACAGGCAACCAGACAGGGAAUUCCGACAGCCCAGGGACAGGGACAGGGACAGGAGACCCCAGGGACAACGAAACUGGAGGCAAGACAGAGCCCCAACCAACGAUAUACAGGUACACCCCUUCCCCCCAGGUACGUCCAGCAGGAACCCCGCCAACCCAGGGACCAGGGAAGCAGGAAUCGCCCCCGCACCCUGACCAGGCAGCAGGACGACCGCAGAGGAGCUUGGUAUCACAACAGCGAGCGCAACUACGGAGAGCAGAGGCCAAACUACGAGAGGAAUUGGUAAUCUCCGAGGUGCCCCUCACACCACUAGAAAUUAAGGUUUUAGGGAAAGGGUUGUUUUUUUCCAGGUCCACUGAGUACGAGAGUCUCCCUGUCCAACGUGGAAGAAACCUGGGAUAGGAUUGAAACGGCAAUCAUGAGGAAGAUGGAUGAGGCGACGGACAAAUGGAUGGGGAACCAGCAGCCGAGGCCAUGCAGACCCCCACCGUCAACCCUGGAAUCCUACCUCCUGCCAGACUUUCGACAGCCCCCGCCUACGAGGAAGAGACCAGCAUUAAGAAGAAAGGUUCAAGCCUUGAAGAGAGAGGCAAGGACCACGCCCUUCUUCACAAGAGAAAACCUUAAGAAGGGAGAACGAGGAGCACUGAAAGGUCUGAUCCAUAACCCUAAUAUUGUUGCUAACAAGGCGGACAAGAGUCCCUCGAUUGUUAUUAUGUCCACAGAGAACUACAGGGCCGCGGGCAUGAAGCACUUGAAGGACGAGAGGACCUAUGAACCUAUAACAGAUGGCAGAGCCGCCCUAGAGCAAGCCCAAGAAAGGGAUAAGAAACUAAUCCUUGACUUGUACAGAAACGAAGGCAGAGCAGGAACGAUGACAGUAGCCCUGAGAGACUCUUUUCUGAAGCACAAAAGCAGGGUACCCAGUAUCUAUUUUCUGCCCAAAACGCACAAGGACCUGGACCCGACUACAGGUACAUGGAAAACGAGACCUGUAGUUUCAGGUUGUGCAGCACCCACCAGGCCAGUAGAUAAAUUCCUGACAGCCUUGCUGAUGCCCUUAGUGGAGUUACUCCCGAACAGGAUCAAAGACACCACCCACUUCCUACAGAAAAUGGAAGCCUUGAAGGACGAACUGCAAGAAAUCCCUGAGGACUAUAGGUUAGUAUCCUUAGAUAUCGAGUCUCUAUACCCCUCUAUCCCGCAGAAAGAAGCAGCAGCUAGAGUGAGCUCCUUCUAUGGAGACAGACUACCAGACAUCAAGGACGUACUAAGGAACAGAGGAAUAAGGACACCGCCAUCCCAGGCUCUCAUCAGGAAAGCAAUCCUGCAUGUGAUGCAGGACACUCUCCUUGAAUUUGAUCGCAGAACCUACAGACAGAAGACAGGAACAGCGAUAGGAGCGUCAGUAAGCGUGGCAAUUGCAGAACUAUUCGUCUACCUAACGGUGGAAGUAAGGCUGAAAAGAGCAAAUCUUAAUCUCCUUGUUUUUUGCAGAUCCAUUGAGGACAUCAUCUGCAUUAUCCCAGGAGCUGAACCUGAAGUGCAACGGACGCUGACCUGGCUGAAUGGUGUCAACAGAGCCUUGAGAUUCACCUUUGAAAUGGAGGAGAAGGAACUCCCCUUCUUGAAUACAAAAGUCUACUUGGACGCAAAAUGUUGCCUCCAGACGAAGACGUACUACAAGCCAUCACACACCCACCAAUUCCUCCUGUGGACCUCAGCACACCCAACCUCCCUCAGGAGGUCCCUGCCGUACUCCAUGGCAUUGCGAAUCAAGAGGAUAUGCAGCGAAACAACCGAAUGUGAGUAUGCAACGGCAGAAAUGCUGAAUUUCUUUAGGUCUAGAGGGUACCCAGAGAUGGUUCUGCAGGAGGCGCAGCAGAAGGUGGACCGCCUGGAGAGACCAAGCUUCUUGGUGGUGAAGCUGAAACCGGCCCUAGGAAGGAUGAUCCUACCAGUGAAGUUCGAGCCCAGGAUGGCCAGGACCAUUAAGAUGCACUUGAAGGAUCUAUGGACCUGGAUUGAGCAAGUGUAUGGAGAAGCCCCAUGGUUCGAGCACUUUCCCCGGCAGCAACCACUAGUAGCAUGGAUGAAGUUCGACUCAAUUAAAGAUCUACUGGAGUACAUAAACAGUGAAGGACUGAAACCUGAACAAGUGUUCAAUUGUGAUGAAACAGGCCUCUUUUGGAAGAAAGUGCCAAAGAGGACCUACAUUACUCAGGAAGAAAAGGCAAUGCCUGGACACAAGCCUAUGAAAGACAGGCUGUUCUGUGAUAAUGCUAGUGGGGAUUUCAAAGUGAAGCCGUUACUAGUGUACCAUUCCGAAAAUCCCAAUGUGUUCAAGAAAAACAAUGUUAUGAAGAGUAAAUCGUGUGUGUUUUGGAGAUCUAAUAGUAAGGCAUGGGUCACAAGGGACUUUUUUGUCGAGUGGUUCAGUGAAGUGGCCCUAGUGUGAAGAAUUACCUCCUGGAAAAGAAAUUGGAUCUCAAGUGCCUCCUAGUAAUGGACAAUGCACCUGCUCAUCCUCCAAACUUGGAUGACCUAAUUCUGAAGGACUUUGGGUUCAUCACUGUAAAGUUCUUGCCCCCAAUACCACUCCUCUCCUCCAGCUCAUGGACUAGCAGGUCAUUGCAAACUUUAAAAAACUCUACACCAAAGCAAUGUUUGAAAGGUGCUUGAAUGUGACCUCAGACACUCACUUGACCCUACAAGAUUUUUGGAAAGAACACUUCAGUAUUCUCCAUUGCGUAAGCUUUAUAGGUUCCUACAAUAUUGGCCACCUGAGAGUUCCUGGUUAGCUUGGACAGUACUUGUACCCUGGGUGUUGCUGAGUCAUCAGACUAUGGAACAAUACUCUUCUCUAGACUGACCACUUUAAGGGUGAUGGACUGAUUACAUCGUCUUCACGUCUCUUCUAUCAACCUUUCUGUACUCGACUGAAGAAGCCUACUGUGUAGGCGAAAUGUUUUGAAAUACAGAUACAGUGGAACCUCAAAACUCGAACUGCUCCCAACACAACCAAUUAUGUUCCUACAAGAGUGGUCACCUGAGAGUUCCUGGUUAGCUUGGACAUUACUUGUGCCCUGGGUAUUGCUCAGUCAUCAGGUGUGGCAAGUUGGAUCCUGAGGCAUUAUAGUGUACUCUGACUGGUGGACUAGUGUUACCCAUUUUUGGUGUAGAUUGUUGGAAGAGGUAUUGGUAGCAUGCGAGAACCAGAAUGGGGAAACAGCAGUAGAAGCAAGAUUUCAGACAAAACCAUAAUUUGAAUGCCCCUUGUUGUAGGGAGGUCAAGUCUGUGCUGCACGCCCCGUUACUGGGUUCUUCCAUUUUCCUGGCUGUGCAUGUCACUACUGAAGUUCUCCCUUUUUUUUUUUUUUUUUUUUUUUUUUUAAUUUGGAAAAAUUACUUGAAAGUGAGGUGGUGUAAAGCUAGUAAAUAGUUAAAAGGAACAUAGAAUUUCAUUAAAUAACCUUUGUAAAAAUUGAGGGUUUUGAUUGUUGAGAAAUUGUGAAGGGAAUAGUAAUUAUAUAAUUUGUUAAAUAGGAUAUUGACAAAUGUAGUUUCAUAAUUGCGUAGUUAAUAAGAUACCCUGAAGCAUUUCAAUAAUGUAGUUCUAAAUAUAAAUGCUUCUUGACUAAGGUACACAUAAUCAAAGAAUAGGUAGUGACAUUCAGUUGUGGCUUAGAUUUUGGGGCUUUUGAUCCAAGAAGUUGUACUUCUCACCUCAGAUUGAUCCUGAUUGACUUCCAUUCCUCAGGGAUUAUGUGACCCACAUGGGUUUACUGCUAAAUGUAAUAAUUUCAACUGUGCUACUAUGGCAUAUUUCAUAGUGUGAAACCCUCAAGGAAGGUUCCUUGAUGUUGGUGAGGGGGCUCUUGAUUU